GCCCGGCGGGAUUAAGUUUCCCGGUCACGCGUGAGUGUCGGUGCGCGUCUGUCCCGCCGUGACUGCAGAGGGGAGCGCGGGCCACCCCGGCUCCUGGCCCUCUCGUAACCCAGUCUGUCCGGGGCACCCUCGGCUGCGCCUGGAGUUCUGUUUCAGUCACUGUUUUAAUCAUUAUAGAAGGACACUGAACUUUGAAUAUGUUGGAAACCGUAGACAAAAACCGAGCCCUGCAGGCAGCAGAGCGCUUGCAAGCCAAGCUACGAGAACGUGGGGAUGUAGCAAACGAAGAAAAACUGAGCCUUCUGAAGUCAGUUCUGCAGAGUCCACUCUUCAGCCAGAUUCUGAAUCUUCAGACUUCUAUACAGCAGCUGAAGGACCAGGUAAACAUUGCAACUCCAGCAACUUCAACUGUUGAACAAACCCACAUUCCUCAUCUUAAUUCUGCUGUGAUUCCGACUCUACCAAAUGAAUCCUUCUUAUUAUCUGCUAAUAAUGGGAAUCUGGAAGCACUUACAGGGCCUGGUACUCCACAUAUCAAUGGGAAACCAGCUUGUGAUGAGUUGGAUCAGCUGAUCAAAAAUAUGGCUCAGGGUCGCCAUGUGGAAGUUUUUGAGCUCCUCAAACCUCCAUGUGGAGGCCUUGGGUUUAGUGUUGUGGGGCUCAGGAGUGGAAACAGGGGAGAGCUGGGAAUAUUUGUGCAAGAGAUCCAAGAGGGCAGUGUGGCUCACAGAGAUGGAAGACUGAAGGAAAAUGAUCAGAUCCUUGCUAUCAAUGGACAGGUUCUUGAUCAGACAAUUACACACCAGCAGGCUAUCAGUAUCCUACAGAAGGCUAAAGAGACUGUCCAGCUAGUUAUUGCCAGAGGCUCCUUGCCCCAAGUCAUCAGCCCCCGAGUGUCCCGGUCUCCAUCUGCGGCCAGCACCAUCUCUGCUCACUCGAAUCCGGUUCACUGGCAGCAUGUGGAAACAAUUGAACUGGUGAAUGAUGGAUCUGGUCUGGGUUUUGGCAUCAUUGGUGGUAAAGCAACGGGUGUGAUAGUCAAAACUAUCCUACCUGGAGGAGUAGCUGAUCAGCAUGGGAGGUUAUGCAGUGGAGACCACAUUCUCAAGAUUGGUGACACAGAUCUGGCAGGAAUGAGCAGUGAACAAGUAGCACAAGUCCUUAGACAGUGUGGAAAUAGAGUUAAGUUGAUGAUUGCAAGAGGUGCCAUGGAGGAAACAGCAGCACCCACCACUGUGGGAAUCUCUUCCUCCCCGUCUUCUGCUCCAGAUAUGCGGGUUGAUGCCUCUACCCAAAAAAGUGAAGAAAGUGAGACCUUUGAUGUGGAACUCACUAAAAAUGUCCAAGGAUUAGGAAUUACGAUUGCUGGUUAUAUUGGAGACAAAAAAUUAGAACCUUCAGGAAUCUUUGUAAAGAGCAUUACAAAAAGCAGUGCUGUUGAACAUGAUGGAAGAAUCCACAUUGGAGACCAGAUCAUAGCAGUGGAUGGCACAAGCCUUCAGGGAUUUACUAAUCAACAGGCAGUUGAGGUGUUGCGACACACCGGGCACACCGUACGCCUGACACUAAUGAGGAGAGGGAUGAGGGAGGACACAGAGGCCACACCAAGGGAGGACAUCACAGCAGACCCUGAAGUGUCUCUGGCAGUAGCCAGCGUAAGCAAAGAAAACUAUGAAAAAGAUGAAGAUUCCUUAUCAUCGAAGAGGAACACCAGCAUAUUACCAAUUGAAGAAGAAGGGUAUGCAUUGCUGUCUGCUGAGGUAGAAGAAACAGAAGAUGCACAGCAACAAGAAGCUAUCCUGCUGACAAAGUGGCAGAGGAUCAUGGGAAUUAACUAUGAGAUAGUGGUGGCCCGUGUGAGCAAGUUUAGCGAGAGCAGUGGGCUGGGUAUAAGUCUGGAGGCAGCGGUGGGACAUCAUUUCAUCAGAUCCGUGCUACCUGAGGGGCCCAUUGGACACAGUGGGAAGCUCUUCAGUGGGGACGAGCUACUGGAAGUGAAUGGUGUAACUUUGCUUGGAGAAAAUCACCAGGAUGUGGUCAAUAUUUUAAAAGAAUUACCUAUAGAAGUGACAAUGGUGUGCUGCCGUCGAACUGUGCCAUCCACCGGCCAUUUAGAAUUGGAUCCCCUGGACUUCACUGAUACUGAGAUAACAGAAAAGCCUCAUGUAGAUCUAGGUGAGCUCAUUGGGUCUUCAGAAACAGAGGACCCACUGCUGGUGCUGACUGAAGCCGGUCAGAAUGUGGAGGAGGUCCAAGCACCUUUGGCCAUGUGGGAGGCUGGUGUUCAGUUCAUAGAGCUGGAGAAAGGAAGCAGAGGCCUUGGUUUUAGCAUUUUAGAUUACCAGGACCCAGUUGACCCAGCAAGCACUGUGAUUGUCAUUCGUUCUCUGGUGCCUGGUGGCAUUGCUGAGAAGGACGGGCGCCUUCUUCCUGGAGAUCGGCUCAUGUUUGUCAAUGACAUUAGCUUAGAGAGCAGCAGUCUGGAAGAAGCUGUGGAUGCACUGAAGGGAGCCCCAGCUGGAACUGUGCGGAUAGGCGUGGCCAAGCCAUUACCUCUUUCUCCAGAAGAAGGUUACGUGUCUGCUAAGGAGGAUUCUUUUCUCUACCCACCUCCCCCCUGCGAGGAGCCAGGGCGAUCUGAAAAAGGCCUCUUCAGGGCUGACUUAGCUCUGGUGGACACACCAGACGGUGAAUUAGUAGAUGAAUCUACUUUUGCAUCUCAGUACUCUCUGGAUAAGGACAGUGUCUACUCUACUCAAGCCUCUGUUUUAUCUCUUCAUGGCAGUGUUUGUAGUGAUGGCCUCAACUAUGGCCCCUCCCUUCCAGCAUCUUCUCCCAAGGAUAUUAGUGAAGAAUCUGAUCCAGCACUUGAUCUGCAUAUGUCCUUGGAAGAGCUUUAUGCCCAGAAUCUCCUGCAGAGACAGGAUGAGAAUCCACCUUCAGUGGAUCUCAGCAUGGGGACUGUUUCUGGCUUCACCAUGAAUGAUUAUACCCCUUCAAAUGCUAUGGAGCAGCAGUAUGAAUGUGAAAGCAGAGUAGCUUGGACUGAGUCUCAGUUACCCAGUGAUGUGAUGCCAUGCACAGACCUUGCUUCUCCUGACCUACUUGAUUCAACUGGAAAGGGUUCUGAGUAUUUGAUUGAACAGCGCUCCCUGGCCUGUAAUGCCGAAAGUGUCAUACUGCAGAAUAUGUCCAAAGAAUCUUUUGAGAGGACUAUUACUAUAGCAAAAGGCAAUUCUAGUCUAGGGAUGACAGUGAGUGCUAAUAAAGAUGGCUUGGGGAUGAUUGUUCGAAGCAUUAUUCAUGGAGGUGCCAUUAGUCGAGAUGGCCGGAUUGCUAUUGGGGACUGCAUUUUGUCUAUCAAUGAAGAAUCUACCAUCAGUUUAACCAAUGCCCAAGCACGAGCCAUGUUGAGAAGACAUUCUCUCAUUGGACCUGAUAUAAAAUUUUCUUCAGCACCUGCUGACGAUCGAGCCCCCUUUUAUAU